GACGCUUUCCUUUAAAAAAAUUGGCAGGAAAGUUAUGCAUUGCAUUUUCUUGAUUAACAUUGAACUUAAAUGUCAAUUUUACCAUUUGCAAAUUUUGCCAUCUAAUCACAUAUCUAUUUAAUGUUAAUUGUUUCCUGAUCUGAUGUUUGCAGUUAGCUGCAAGACUAAUUUGGUUAUUGCUUGCGUUUGUUUAUUUUUCUUUCCAUAAUACAUUUAUUUCCAUCCUGCUUUUGUUCACAUUCAGCUUUCAUUGUUGAUUGUUUAUGGUAAUUCUUCCCACCAAUUUAAUACUCAUCUAUUCAGAGCAUUAUUCUGGUUAUUAGACGAAACCUGCACCUAACAUUAAUGGUUAUUGAAACGUCAAUCGUGUUUUCCCUUUUCCAUGUUUUCAUCUAUCCUUUUUAUGAGAAACUUUCAUUCAAGUGACCGGUUUAACCUGUUCAUAUCUCAAGAAUUGCCGUCUAGAUUUUUUAUUGUAAGUUUCCGGAGUACUUGAACCUAAUCAUAAUUGCAGAGUUGUUUCAAUUUGACUGGAAAAUUUCAUGAAUGCGCUCAAUACGUGCCUGGCCAACGUAUCUCAAUCUACGAUCAACCUCAACAAUUAUCUUGGUCAAAUAAGUUUGUUGAACGUAAACCAUUUGUUAGCCGCUGUUGAUCUAUAUAUACAUAAACAUAUAUAAGUACGGUUUUCAGUCAUCGUUAAAAUCUGGUUAAGCUGAUACAAAGGAGUUAAAUAGUGUUAAAUCUGUUCUGGAAAAGUUUCUCAAUUAAACAUCAAAUUGUUUCAUCCUUGCAUCGUUCAAUCAGCUCCAUCAUGUCAACAAAACAAGAAAGUCUUACUCGAGCCAUUUGGCGAUCAGCUGAUGCUGUUUGUUUUGAUGUCGAUUCAACUGUUUGCCGUGAUGAAGCCAUAGACGAAUUGGCCAAGUUUGCUGGAGUCGAGAAAGAAGUUGCCGAAAUGACUCGAGUUGCUAUGCGAGGUGACUGCUCAUUUCAAGACGCUCUAGCCAAAAGAUUAGAGUUAAUCAAACCUUCACAACAUAUGGUGGAAAAAUUUAUCACAACAAAACCUUUAAGAUUAACCCAAGGAAUAAGAGAACUGAUAAGUUUACUUCAAGAUCGUGAUAUUGACGUUUACCUUAUUUCUGGUGGAUUUGAUGUAAUUAUUGAACCCUUAGCAAAAGAUCUUGGCAUACCAGUGAAAAAUAUCUUUGCCAACAGAAUCAAGUUCUACUACGAUGGAAGCUAUGCUGGUUUUGAUGAGGAAGCUCCAACAUCACAACAAGAUGGUAAAGCACAAGUUAUUGAUUAUCUGAAGAAGCGAUAUGGUUAUCAGAGAGUUGUCAUGAUUGGUGAUGGUGCCACUGACUUACUGGCUUGUCCUCCUGCUGAUGCCUUUAUUGGAUUUGGUGGUAACCAGGUGAGGGAUAGUGUUCGUAAUGAAGCCAAAUGGUUUGUGAUGAGCUUUUAUGACCUAAUAGAGGAAUUAAAUAAAAAUUAAAUUCCCCUCGACCAUUGACCAUCGAAUUAAAGUAAAUUUCACUAAUCUCUAUCAAUAAACCAUGUAUCUAAUCACAUAUAAAAUGUAUUAUUAAUAUAAAUUUGCAAUUGUUGGCAAGUAAAUUGUUCUAGAAUGUAAAUAUUGAAAUAAAUAUUAAUAUUAACACUUAA